AUCCUAACAUCAUAUAGUUGAAAGUCCAGUCCAUCGUAGUCCACAAACUUCCAACGCGAAGAGUCUGUCAUGUGUGUAAUGUGUGCUAACAUCUAAAGCCGAGCCACUCAAUCUCAUCUGACGACUGACGCAGCUUUACAAGGAAGGGAUAACUUAACUGAUAAAAUCAAACCACCAGACAGCAGCCUCUGAUAUAUGACUACUUACAUAUGACUCCACAAAUUUGCUUUGUCCCCUCAAGCCGGCCAAGAACUAUUAUUCCAAUCGAAAUUUUUCUUCAGAUACCGAUUCUUGAUUGUUAAACAUAUAAUCUCCGUGUCGUUUGAUGGUCUUCAACUCAACUGGAGUUCUGUCAAAUCCCCUUUUUCCGAUUUCUGUUUUCACCAAUUCGGAUUCCUAAUUUUACCAAUUCUCGAUUGAGAUAUGAUUUAUUAGGGCAAAGAUUCAAUCUUGGAAACCUCUGGUGCAAUUCCAAUCCAAAUGUUCUGUUUCCACAGCUCUAUUCCGGUUGACCAGCACAUAGAAAUGGCGAAAUCCGUGAAUCCAAGCGACCCGUGUUCGAAGGCGAAGCAAAGCGAUCAGUUCAGCAAGAACAGAAGGAACCCAAACCCCCCUCACCGCUGCGAUCAAUCCCGCUCCGCCUUGAUCGAUGUGGUGAUCCUGAUCGCCGUGGUCUGCGCCUGCGGAUUCCUGCUGUAUCCGUACGUGAAGAUUCUAGGGCAGAAGGCCGCCGAGCUGUCCGAGGAAGUCGCCGAGGUGGUGAUCGAGGAAGUUGUCCGCGCGCCGCUGGUGUUCGGAUGCUUGGGGCUCAGCAUAGUCUUCGCGGUGACGGCGCUGGUGGCGAUCACCGUGUGCACGGACAACAGAUGCGGCAAAAGCGGCUGCAGUGGGCUGCGCAAGGCUGCUGAAUUCGACAUUCAGUUGGAAACUGAGGAUGCUGUGAGCAAGUCUAAUAAUCUUCAGCGCAGUGCAGCAUCGUACAAGAAGGGGCUGUUUGAAUUGCCUCGCGAUCAUCACAGGGAGCUGGAGGCAGAGCUCAAGAAGAUGGCGCCGCCUAAUGGGAGGGCGGUGCUCGUGUUCCGGGCUAGGUGUGGCUGCUCCCUCGGCAGAAUGGAGGUGCCGGGACCUAGGAGAUCUCGAAAGGUUAGAAAGUAGGCCUACUUGACAUCGGCAUCACCUUUGUUUUCCCUUUAUAUAUAUAGAUAGAUAUACUGAAAUAGUGAUAGAGAUGAGCAGGGUCCCCUUACAUUACAUGUUCAUUUGCUCUGAUUAUAGAAGGAUAUGAAUAAGCUCAUUUGAAUAAGUUACCUGAACAAUAUACAUUGCUAGUUAUUCGAAGAAUCUGGAAUUCACUUUCUCAAA